GCCCCUGAACAACAGGUUCAACAAGUCACAAACAGUCUCUCUCGGGCUACGGCGAUGCCAAACACUAUUGCAGGGUCACGUCAAAAUGCGGAGGAGGACGAAUCCAGCUAUGGCGGAGGCGGGCCCACGAAUGACCGGGAGAUGGAGAGGAUGGCGGAACAACUGCGCCAAUUACAGGCCAAGGUGGAUGGUCGAGCAGAGAGGCGUGCUCGAGGACACCCGUUCUCGGCGGACAUACUGGCAGCACCCUUGCCAAAUAGCUAUAAGGAUACUAACUUGGUGUUCGAUGGGACUUCUGACCCGUCGAGACAUGUGAGGGCAUUUGAAAAUAUGGCGGUGUUGCACGGAUAUACCGACCCUGUUAGUUGCAGGGCCUUUUUAUCGACCCUUAGGGGAGGGGCGCUCGACUGGUUCCAACAGCUCCCCCCAGGCUCGAUAGUGGACUUUGAGGAUUUUGCGGAAAAGCUGACGAAUCAAUAUUCAAGCGCGGUAGCUCAGGAUAAAACGUAUCUGACAUUGAUGGCGAUGAGGCAAGGCGAGAAGGAGUCACUACGUAAGUAUGUUGCUCGAUACAAUCAGUCUUGUUUGGAGAUUCCAUCGGCGGUCGACGAGGUCAAGGCGGGAGGACUGAUAAGGAGUUUGCGGGCAGGACCGUGUCGGACUUCUCUGGCUAAGACCCCUGCCCACACGUAUGAUGAAGUAUUGAAGACAUGCAGGAAAUAUAUCAAUCUCGAGGAGACUGAGGUGGAGUUCGCCAAGCUGGAGGAGUUAGGUCGAGGGGA